UUAAGCUACUUUACAAAUGUCAGUGCAGGAGUGGAGCAGGAAGCCUGCACUGGUGCGCAAGGGCUCUCGUGUGGCCCAGCUGCUCAUGUGCUUAGCGAAAAAUUACAGGGAGCUCUUCAGAUGGAUGACCUGCAUGAAGAAAUGGAGUCGCGAGUAAAUUCUUCGCAUUUGUCUGAGCAAUGGGAAGGUUGUUUUCAUCUCACAAAUGCUGGUGCAGGAGUGGAGCAGGGAGCCUGCGCUGGUGCGCGAGGGCUUGCGUCUGAUUCUUCAGCUCAUGUCCUUAGUGACAAAUUACUGGGAGCUCUUCAGAUGGAUGGCCUGCAUAAAAAAAUGAAGUUGCCAGUAAUUUCUUCGCUUUUUUCUGAGCAAUAUGAAGGUGACUUUCAUUUCAUAAAUGCCGGUGCAAGAGUCAAGCAAGAAACUUGCACUGGUGUGCGAGGGUCCGCGCUUGGCUUGGCCGCUCAUGUGCUUAGCAGCAAGUUUCCGGGAGCUCUUCAGAUGGAUGACGAAAUGAAGCUGCUAACGAUAUCUUCAUGUUUGUCUGACCAAUCUGAAGGGGGUCGCUUUCAUCUCUGAAGUGGCUUCUCCGCUGAAAGAACUGAAAAGAAGACCCAUGUGGCAGUAUAGCAGCUAUGCAAGAACUUAAUCUGAUUCUGUUGGAGUUGAUAGGGAGUUACCUGCUAUGCGCUCCUUGGAAGAGUGAAAUGCCUAAGUACUAUCAUAUUAUCUUUUAUCUAGUAGCUUAAUUAUUAUCAUAUUAUCUAGCGAGUAAUAUACAGGAUGAUUUUGCUGAAGUCAGCUGUAUGUAAUCCCAAUGACUAUUUCAUGUUGUGAGAUCUUUAUGACUGGUAUGUCGUGUGAUGGACCUAUUUCGGUACUAUGAAUAAAUACUAUGAUAUUGUCUAUGAAGUUGGGAGUUUUUACUGA